GAGCACGGCGCACAGUCGGCCUCGAGCUACAGGCGGCGCGCGCGCAACGUACCGCAACAUCGGUGAAAGGACGCAUGACUCACAACACCAGACAUGAACGAGUACGCCGAAUACGAUUGGAGGCUGCACCAGAUGCAAAAUGAACGACUUUGUGAUAUAUCCAGGAAACGCCUCACCGACGGCGACAGACAGCGUGCCCUAGAUGGCCUCAAAGAAGCAGUGGAUUCGAGUCUUAACCUAGCCCUUCGAGAUAAAAGUCGAUGCCAAGAUGACAACUUUUUGCGGCGAUUCUUAUACGCGAGGAAACACGAUGUGCAACAGAGUUUCGAGUUACUAGUGCGAUAUCACCAAUAUCGUCGAGAACACCCCGAACUGUGGGCGCAGGCAGAUGGAGGCGUGCUGCGGGCGCUGGCCGACGGUUUGCCGGGUGUUCUUGCCCAACGUGACCGAAGGGGACGCUGUGUUCUACUUAUGUUCGCUUCAAACUGGACUCCCCACGCUUGCCCAUUACUUUCCGUCUUUAGAGCUUUGUUAUUAACAUUGGAACGGACGCUCGUCGAAAUACAAAACCAAGCCAACGGCUAUGUUAUUAUUGUUGACUGGACCGAGUUCACGUUCAAACAAUCAUGUAGUUUGCAAGCUAAAACGUUGAAGAUGAUGAUCGAUUGUCUUCAAGAUUGUAUGCCAGUGAGAUUCAAAAGUAUACAUUUUAUUGGACAACCUUGGUAUGUGGAGACCGCGCUGGCUGUUGUUAAACCGUACCUGAAGGCGAAAACAAGAGAGAGGAUAGUUCUUCAUGGAAAUAAUUUGUCAACACUGCACGAUUCUUUGCCCCUAGAUAUACUCCCAGCUGAACUAGGAGGGGAAGGACCAUCUUACAAUUCUGAACUAUGGUUGCAGCAGUUUUGUCGGUUUGAAAAUAUAGACACGCCAUCUGCGCAAGUGUCAACGACAGCUCCAAAAGACAGCGACGUUCCAGCGGCAAAAGUGGAUAAGGCAUAUAAACAAAAAGACAAUGGAAACUUUUCAUUUCAUGGGAGUGAAAAAAGUGCAAAGUCAGAGUUACUACGCGAUAAAGAUUGACUAUAAUACAACCCACCUCGUUACUUGGUUCCAGUGGACAAUUGUGCAUCUCACUGGGGCGUAUCGCCCCAUACCGGUGCUACGCGUGUGCCUAUUGUGAUAUGAAGUGUUUUAUUUCGUUAAUGAGUCUAGCUAUUAAGAGGACAUAAUCACAAUCCGACGUUAAGUUUAGUGUGCUUAUAUUAUUUUAAAUGGUUCGAAAACGUGUGAUAAAAUGAUACCGCUUUGGAACAUGAUCAAAUUAAAAUUUGGCUUCGCUUCACGGUUAUUUAUGAUAUGAGUCAAGCGAAUGAAAUGCUUCUUUGUAGGUGGUUAGAUAGAGUCAUCCCCUGAGCGAGACGGCCGCGGCGCAAUGGAGUGCACUGUGCAUGUAACGGUUUAGAGUUCUCGUUAAAAGCCAUUUGUUCGGCUGACGAUGAUUCGUGCACCGAUAUGACUUGCAUAUUUUAUGCACUCGUGUUUAUAACAAUAUUUAACUCUACAAAUUAAUUCAUUGUAUCUAUUUAUUUAUCCACUAAUCGUAGAUGUAGGUGAAAAAUCUCAUUAUGUUAUCAAUGUAUGUAAUAGGGUUAAAAUAAUAAUUAAGUAGUUAGGUAGGAUUCGCUUUUACAAUUCUGUGAGGCUUUGCGCAUUUAUUAAUGUUAAGAUUUGGCAUCUUUAAAUGUGAGGAUAAAACAAUAUUUGUUUAUAGCAGUAUUACGUUUCUAUCUUCUUAUUAUUUAAAUCAAAUUUAAAUGGAGUACCGUUGUUUGCUCCCAUUUCAUAACAAAAUGAAUAAUUGUAUGCUCUCUCACAUUAAGUCGUUACUAUAAACCGUCCAUUGUACACAAAUAUAUCAAAGCAGACGUUUUUAUGAAUAAAACUGUAAAACGGA